AAUGUCUGAGAGUGUUUAAUAAGAAAUUUAAUAAUAAUCUUCAUCAUCUAAAUAACAAGAAGAAUCUAAUUAAGAUGUUAAAAUUACUACUGCAUGGGAGAAAUCAUCAAAAGAAUUAAUAAAUUAACAUUAAAAUAAAUUUGAUGUCUUUAAAUCUAUGGCAGAUUAGAGUGGAACAAUAGAUGAAAGUCAUUUUAUAAUAGGUGGAGAAUAGAAAUCAUAAAUAUUUAAGAGAUUUGAUGCUGAUCAUGAUGGUAAAAUAAAUCAAUAAGAAUGGAAUUAAGGUUGGAAUAAUCUUGAUGUGUAAGUAUUAGAAACACAACAUAAAGUUUAAAUAGCAUAAUAGAAAAUGCAAAUUUUGGAUGCUUUAGAAUCAAAAGUAGAACCUGUAUUAAAUAUAAGUUAAAGAUCUUAAAAUUAAUAUUAUAAUGUAGUUGAUAGAUUAAAAAAUACAUCAAAGUUGGGUGAUUUAACUGAUUUGUUUAAUAAGAAAUCUCCUUUUCAUGAAAAUGAAGAAUAUCAAGAGAGUAGUAAUUAUGAAAUUAGAUAAAAAGGAAAUAACAGACCUUUGGAUUAAUUAUUGUAACAAUUUAAAACACCUAAUAAAACAGAUAUUUUUGUUGAAACAAGUAGUGGAAAUGGAUCAGGUAAAUAUUUAGGAAGUAAUAAAUAAACUUAAAAAAUUGGACUUUUUUAAGGAAGUGCUUCACCAGGAUUUAAUUCUUCAACUUUGAAUAAUAAUAAUUAAUAUAAUUCAAAGAUUCAUUAAUAAAUGAAUAUCAAUAUUGAUAUUAAAGAUAAAAAUAGAUCAAAUAAAAGAAGAGAAGAAUUAGCUAGCUAUAUGGGUAAAUUAGGUUUGGGAGGAAAUGAAUCUAUUUCCAAAUCAUAGAUUAAUAUUGAAUAACCUAAUUCAAGUAAAAUAUAAUAAUAAUAUUUUAGAUGUUUUUGAGAGAAUGAAGGUUUAUGUUAGUAAUAUUGGAUCAUAAAAUACUAGAAAUUAAUCAUAACCUGGAUUAAAUGAUUUUGUUAGUGAUAAAUCAUUAAGUACAACCACAUUCAAAUAACAAUUAAAAUAAUAUAGAAAAGAUAGAGGAGGAGAAUAAUCAGAAACUUAAAUAACCAAAUUUUCAAAGCCUUCCAACUUCUUAGAAAAUCCAUUAUUGCAAGAUUAAUCUUUAAAAAGUUUUCAUCUAAAACUUAUGCAUUCUUAAGGUGCUUUGAAUAAUAAAUAUACUAGAAUUUGAUC